AUGCGCCAACCUUUCGCGUACAAUGCUGAGCUGCACGCCGGUGUAUGCGGAGCAGUCCUUUGCCCUCAACUCCCACUCCCACUUGCCUCUGCGCGCCACGACCUCGCCUCGCACAUGGACAAUUCCCCGCACAACCACCGGAGGGAUCGCUACGAGUGGUGGGAGGACUACUACCACGUCUUCGAGGUGAGCCCGCCGCGCUCAGAAGACCAAGCGCCCUCUCCAGAACGCCUCGAUCCUGCCCAGGAAGAACACGUCGUGCAAGAAAUGUUGAUAGACCUUGCGACUCAGGACUAUCUGCCCCCUAGGGACGGCCCGGAGGAGCAGGAGGAGAAGGAGGAGGACGAAGACUUGGAGCACAUCGGGAGCG